CUUCCCUCCUUUUCCUCUUCUACGUCCACCAUGCUGCCACUUGUCUCGCCAUGCUGCAUGCGUUUCUCAUCUCUAUCGCUUGUCUUCCCCUCUCUCGACAUUUUCAUACUGUACACGCUCUCACCCGGCAGCUCACCUACCAAGCCCUGCGUCCCUAUGGCGUAGCCAUCUUCAGACCUUCCAGAUUCGCCUCUUUGUCGGCUAUAGCUCUCGCUGAUGACCGCUCGUCUUUGAGACUCGUCAACGUGGGAGCUCUCACGGUCUCGCCAUGCUCUCGCCCUGUAUGUACCAGCACCUUAUGUCGCAGGGUUUCACGUAAUCAAUGCCGCACAAAUUAACCGCGUCGAGACACGGAGGCGCGGAGAAGGCUACCCCUCCUCCCCUCUGUUUGUCGUAUUCGGAAUAUUGCCGUCUGCAGAAUACCCACGUCGUUGGCUGCAAUCGGGCCGGAUUUGAGCGCAGCUGCGGCAAAAAACGCAGGCCACU